CCCAGUGGCCUCCCGCCCCUCCCAUACAGAGCCGCUGGAGAACUACGCCAGCAGGCCCUGCUGCUGGCUCAUCUGGGGAGGUGGCAGCUUCCGGCCCAGGGCAGGAAGCAGCAUGGCGCUCCUGACACACCUGCUGGUCUGCACCUUCGGGAUGGGCUCCUGGGUGGCCAUCAACGGGCUGUGGGUGGAGCUGCCCCUGUUGGUGAAAGAGCUGCCCGAGAGCUGGUACCUGCCCUCCUACCUGACGGUGAUCAUCCAGCUGGCCAACGUCAGCCCGCUCCUCAUCACCCUGCUCCAUCACUGCCAGCCCGGCUGCGUUCCCGAGGUGCCCAUCAUCUUCACCGUGCUGAGUGUGGGCACCAUCACCUGCACCCUCUUUGCCUUCCUCUGGAAUGUCACCUCCUGGGUCCAGGGCAGCUACCACAGCAUCGCUUUCAUGGUCCUUACCUUCUUCCUGGCCCUGGUGGACUGCACGUCCUCCGUCACCUUCCUGCCUUUCAUGAGCCGGCUGUCCACUCGCUACCUCACCACCUUCUUUGUGGGCGAAGGGCUCAGCGGCCUGCUACCGGCCCUGGUGGCUCUCGCCCAGGGCUCGGGCCUCACCACCUGCAUCAACGUCACUGAGACAUCUUAUACCACCUCAAGCCCCAGCACCACUGGGAAGACCGACACCCCACAGGGAAAUAACAGCGCCCUGCUGCCUGGCCUCCCUGGGACAGCGCCCUCUAGGGGCCGUCUGGAAAGCAGCUACCUGCCCGCCAACUUCCCGCCCUUGGUCUUCUUCCUGCUGCUCGCCCUCAUGAUGGCCUGCUGCCUCAUUGCCUUCAUUUUCCUCCAGCGCCACCCUGAGCCCUGGAAAAGCUCCACAAAAGACCUGCUCGCCUCCCAGGUCACCCUCCACUCCAUCCGGCCCCUGGAAGAGGACCCGGGUUCCCCAGGCCCAGGGGAAGGCAGUAAGAGCCAAGAGCAUCUGGAGGAGGAACCGGCCCCCCUGCACCCGGCCCGCCUGCUCUUCAUCUACGUCCUGGUGGCCUUUGUGAACACCCUCACCAACGGUGUGCUGCCCUCCGUGCAGACCUACUCCUGCCUGCCCUACGGGCCCGUUGCCUACCACCUGUCCGCCACCCUCAGCUCCAUAGCCAACCCUCUGGCCUGCUUCUUCUCCAUGUUCCUGUCUAACAGAUCUCUGCUGUUCCUGGGGAUCCUCACAGGGUUGGGGACCGGCUUUGGUGCCUACAACAUGGCCAUGGCGGUGAUGAGCCCCUGCCCCCUCAUGCAGGGGCACUGGAGUGGAGAAGUCCUCAUCGUGGCCUCGUGGGUGCUUUUCACUGGCUGUCUGAGCUAUGUCAAGGUGAUGCUGGGCGUGAUCCUGCGCGACCAUAGCCGCAGCGCCCUCUUGUGGUGCGGGGCAGCGAUGCAGCUGGGUUCACUGCUUGGAGCUGUGCUCAUGUUCCCACUGGUCAACGUGUGGCAGGUCUUCAAAUCCGCAGAUUCCUGCAGCCUUCAGUGUUCCACAUAAGCAGACUGAAAACUGGGACCCAGAGAGACAGGACAAUGGUCCAAGAUCACCGGGCAAGUGUUGGGGGUCUCAGAGGCACAAGCCUGAGGACUUGAACCAUCAACAGAAACUCCCCUCCCUAAAGUGAGCAAUGCCACCCGUGGGUCCUGGAAAUCCAAAGCACAGCCCUACCCCAACCCUGAGUCCUAGUGCUUGCAAUUCCACUCUUUCAAAACUUCCAACACGUUUGAGAGUGAGCUGACCACAGAGCAUCCAGCUGGAGGCAGGCUAAGGUGCCGGAAGGGAAACAGCUGAGAGAGCAGGCGGGCUCUUAGAAGCUGUGUGACCUUGGCGAAGUGGCUUGAUGUCUCUGUGCUUAUGUUUCCUCAUCCAUAAAACGAGGGUUAUAACAAAUAGCACCUACCUCAUAGACUUGACACAGGGACACAAGGGAGAUACACCCAGCAUGUGGCAAGACCGCCUGGGCCACUUCCCCCAGAGUAACAACAAGAGUGACAGUCAGCACAGACUAAAGUGGCCAGCGGGCUUGAGAGGUGACCCCUGCCGCAUACCCUUUUCUCCACUCUCGUCACAGAGGCGCUUCUAGAAGACAGAGGCUGAGGGGGUGCAUUUGGGGCAUGGAGGCUCCCUGAUCCUCAGUUUGGUGGGACAUCAUGUCCCAUACUCCCCUUCCCUCCACCCCUCCUGAGCUCCUGGGAGGCAGAGAGAGAUGAUGGAGGAAGGGCUCCACGGAGCCCCUGAAAAUGACUCGGCCCCUGCAAAACUCACUAAGGCUGGAAACGACACAGGCAACCCUGGGCAGCAGGAGGACCAGAAGGGGGAGGAGUAUAUUAAUUACUGGUAGUUUUGUUUUACCUAAUUUUUUUUGUUUUACUUUAUGUCGUUUUUUAAAAAAUAAAGACAUUGAUUAACCUUCCAAGAAAAAAAUCAACCAUGAACCCAAAAAACAUAUCACCAUAAUUAGUUUUCAGUUGGUUCCAAGGUCAAGACUGAGCUCAGAAAUGAAACAGAAUCAAGUGCUUAGAGACUGUCUGGACCUGAGAUUUCUUUUCUUCAGUGGUUUUUUUUCUCCACUGGCUACCACCCCUUCUUUUUCAUUGAUUUUGAGUAGAUAAUACAGUCACCAUGUUUUAAAAAUCAGAAAAUAUAAAAUGGUGUUCCGCAAAAAAAAUUCCCUCCCUCUUCUCUCCCCCUUCUACCCAGUUCCUCUUAACACACGUGAGCAUUUUUUAUGAGUCCCUUGUUAUUCUUCCAGAGAUUGAGCCAGUGUAAGAAAGUACAAAUAUAGUCUUUUUACAGAAAAGACCUAAACGAUGGUGGACCUUGCACUUUGACUCAACAAUGAAAAUGAAGGGAGAGCUCUUGUUCUUCGUCAUGACUGCAUAGUAUUCCGCUGUGCGGAGGUGCCACGUUCCUAUAACCAGCCCUCUGCAGAAAGACGUUUGAUGGUGCUGAAGACAAAAUUAAAAACAAAAUCUCCCACUAACCCAGAAAGCCUCUCCCCAAAAGUAGACGAGAAAGAAAACAGCUGUAUUACUGAGUAAGCAUUAAACCAGGGUGUGGGGCACAUGGCAGGCAGUCCAGUAAUGAGAUGCGGAGCCCUGCCCUUUUAUGCACAAGCAGACGCAGCCAAUUACAUCUGUGCUCUCAAAGGUUAGCUAGUCAGUCCUCGGGUGGGAGGACCAGACGUACCGCCUGUCACAAGGUUCAUCCCGCCCUCACCAGGUCACUGGGGUGGCUGUCUGUGUUAGCCAACUGCCCAUACCCGCAGGGGAAGGAAACUUCUAUCUUUGUGAGAGGUGGCUGCUGUGCAGCUUGGAGCGUAGCCCUGGCAGUAGGCGCCUACCCUCCCCCGAGACUGGGCCUAGGGGUCCCGGUUUUGUUGAUAUUCACAUUACAAAGAGACCGCUGGAGGGUCCUUGAGAAAAACACUCCUGGGUGAUAAAGCUGGCCAGAGGCCCAUUCAGCUUUUUAAAAGACAAACAUCUGAAAGGAGCAGAGGAGUCUACAAGUUCUCUAAAGUAAAUGCUGUAAGGAGAGGAGAUGUCUCCCUUCCUGACACAAGGAGAAAUUCUUUUUAUUUGUAUUUGCCUCUGAAAGGUCAUAUGGGUGGCUUCUGGCCAUUCCCUCUCAGAAAGAAUGUUGAAGUCAAUAACAGGCAAGAAGAUCUUUGCUGACGCAGGAAGAUGCUCCAAGAUUAAUUACACACACGGACAGGAGACGCAGAAGAGUGUGCACAGCACAGAGCUGGUCACCCUCGCGUGUUCCGCCAAGGACACGGGGAGAGGCGACCGACUUGGUGUUUGGAAACGGCACCUUCAUCCAUGCCCCUCUCUGUGGCUUUACUUUCACUCGCCAUCCUUGGGGGUCUUGAUGCCAUUGGCAACCUUUAAGUUAGUACCGUGAAUCAGGCUCCGCAGCCUCCUCUGUACAAUGGGGAUAAUAGAAGCACCCCACACACACACACACUUUGUAAGGCCUGUUCUUCUUUGAGUUAACACCUUUCAAUGCUCCAGAUAUAUGGCGGGAGCCUCUGUGUGUGUCCCAGGCCCUGUAAGUGGUGCCAGCGGUAGUCCAGACAGGGAAUGAUUCAGCCAGAGGCCCCCCAAGAAAUGGGCCACAAAGUCAGGACACAGACCCCACCUCUGAGUCCAGGGUUCUUUCUAAUGAGCUGUUGGCACAAACACCGAGGUUCCGCACUCCACAGUGAUUCUGGGGGAAGGUGGCCCCAGUAACUUGGAUACAUAAAAUCAGGCCAGGACUUUAAGGUGAGACCCACAAAGGCCUCUGAAAGAGAAUUGGUAGGGUCACACCCUCAUGCUUCCCUGAGGUUGGCCAGCACUGGAAUGCCCAAGGGAGCAUCUACCCUGUCCAUCGUCACGAAUGUCCACCACGGCGACCAUGACCUUUAUAGCUCUAAAGAGCCUUCCCACUGCCACCCUUCCUGGUUGACCAGAUGCCUUGAGCCAUCUGCAGAGGGUCACCCCAUGCCUUGGAUUCUUCCUGAGAUUUGACAGAUUUAAUUCUCACAGAAGCCCUGUAAAAACUUCCUGUUGUUACCAGUUCUAUUUUUCGAAAGAACAAACUGAGGCACAGAGAGGUUAAGCAUCUUGGCUGAGAUCACACAGCCAGUGAGCGGCAGAACCAGGUCACCUAGGCUCUAUGUCACAUGCUAUUUCUGUGUCAGAGACGUGAGUCUCAAAGCAUGUGAAACCAUGGAGAAAACCUCAGCUUCAGACGGAGAUGAAGUACCCCUUGGCUCAUUGUCUUCUGGUUUCAAAUAGAAAUAGACAACUUCAAUCCAGUUCCAUGGUCUCUACUCCAUCACACACACACACACACACACACACACACUUAAAUUUCACUGGAAGUGAAAAGAAGAAAGGAGAGAUGAGUGCUUUCAUAGGCGGGAUGAGAUUCCAUACACAGUCGACGGUAUCCCUUUAAGAGUGACUAGCAGAGGGGCUGAAACUCGCCAGAGAAGGUUCCUUGCGAGCCUUAUCUUGCAGGUCUUGUUUUGCAACAGGAUGGCCUUUUCUGAGUCUCAGUGCUAUUUAUAGAGGUCAAAUCUGGGGGAAAUGCCAUGGCAAGUACUGGCAUUGCCAGGACUCUGCCUCCUGUUUGGAAAUUGCUGGUUAAGCAGCUGGCUUCUGGGUGUGCCCUCAGAAAGUUGCUCUAUUGCGACCUGUAAUUUGGCCUAGGCGGAGGCCGGCUCACAGGGCUCAGUGGUUAGAUUGUAAGAUAAGAUAGAGCACCCUCUCUCUGGAGGAGGAAAGAUAUUAUUGAGAAAAUGAAGAUAAGCAGCAAAUGGCCUGCUAGUCGCUACAAUGUCCAUUUUCCUGUUUCUUUCAUAGUCACAGAACCACUGACUUUUAGCUGGGCAUGUACACGGUUACCCAGAGAAAAGCACACAUUUCCCAGGCUUCCUUGAGGCUAAAGCAUGGCCACGUGAUUACAUUCAGACAAAUGUUACCAAGGAUAAUGUGUACAAUUUUGGGUUUGAGUACUCAAAAGGCAAAGGCAGGACUCCACUUUCCAUUCACCCCUUCCUGCUGGUGGGAAGGCAGACGUGAUGGCUGGAUCACUGUCUUAGACCAUGAGGAGGAAGCCAGAGGCUGAGAAUAAUGCAGGAAAAAUACAGAAGGAGCUUGAAAUGGUUAUGAUUGUGGAGCUACCAUUCCUACUGGGACUCAGAUUUAAUGUGACAGAGAAGCCUCUGGGUUAAGUUUCUAUAGUGUGGGGGACUUUUUAACAUAACAGCAAAAUUCUCAUAUUGGUAAAUGUACAUUUCUCUCUAUACACACACACACA